CGGGAUUUGAUCGUGACGGUCAAAAUAUUGUAUCACACGUGCUUUCCUCUAACAUAAGAUGUGACGACAGAGUUUUAAUUCAACGUAUGUAUGUGUGUGUGUGUAUAUACGUGUCAUGUAGUAGAGACAAGUAAACGACGACGCCGUAUAGCUAAGCUUAACAGUUCAUUUAUCAGUCAAGCACGACCGCGUGCGGAACACGGUUCACAUAGUCUUGGCUGCAUCAUCAACUAGAAAAAAGAAAAGAAAAGAAAAGAAAAAAAAAAUAAUAAAAAAUAAGAAUAAGAAGAAAUAUAGUCAAAGAUAACUCUUCAAUUAAAAAUCAAAAGUCAGUCUCGUUUUUAUCUAAUUCCAAUAAAAACUGGAAUAUUCGUGGAUUUGUUUGUUUCUAUUACAUGUCAAAGUUUUUACAAAUAACAGUUGUUCGAUUAUCAUUAAAUUAAAUCAUAAUAAUAAGCUGCAUUACGUCGGAUUAUUGGAAAUUUCGUUAAAAGGUGAUUUUCACGAGCAACCCGUUGUUAGGUGGAUCAUCGUUGUUGAUCGUAAUCAAGACACGAUAGAUCUAACAUCGAAAAAAAUCGACACGCUGGCGCUAAUUCAACGAUAUGUAAUUAUUACAUACUCUAGAUUAAGGCUGACGGAACUGGGCAGAGCCGACGUUAAAUUGUCUCAGGUUGAUCCUGAAAUUCGCGAUUUUGGGAUAAGGAACUAUCAUCCUACAAUACGUCAGCACCGAAUUCGGCAUGGUCGGUUUGCCGGUCUUGGAGACUGAAACAUCCUUGAUGAGCAAUAAUCAAAUAAACGAUCUAGAGAAGUGCAAUGAAAGCAGAAGUACAGAAUUAGUUAGGAUUAUGGAUCAACCUUUCGUUAUUCCACGUGUAACGAUGUCACCCAAUAAUGGUAAUGACAAUUACACGUUGGAAUUUGAGAAGAUUGGCAAAUCCGAUAAGAAGAAGACAUUCAACGCGGCUGAAAUGAAAGCGGAACCUGUGGUAUUGAAAAAAGUUGCAGCCGGCCUAAAAGUUCCUAAUGGACAAACGAACAAAAAGGAUAUGCCAAUGGCAAAUGGUGGCAGUGGUGGUGAAGGUGGUGGUAAUGGUGGUGGUUCGUUAUCCAGUGGAUGUUCCAUAGUGACCAUCUCUUCCGUUGCUAAUUCAGACCCCGAUCCUGAUUACUCUAAAGAUCCAAUUCGAAAUGGUGGUGGAAGAAAACAAAGGACCGAAAAAUGGUACAACACGCUCAUGCAAAUUUCUGUACCAUUUUUCAUCGCUGGAGGUGGCACCAUAGGAGCUGGUCUUGUUUUAGACCAAGUUCAACACUGGGAAGUAUUCCAAUCCGUAGGCGAACUGUUGAUCUUGGUACCUGCAUUGUUAGGAUUAAAAGGAAAUCUCGACAUGUGUUUGGCAUCCCGAUUGAGUACCCAAGCGAAUUUAGGAAAUAUGCAUAAAUUACGGGAAAUAAUGAAAAUGAUUAUUGGCAAUAUCGCCCUUGUACAAAUCCAAGCGAUAGUUGCUGCUGUUUUGGUAGCAAUUUUUGCAAUAAGCGUUGGUGCAAUACAAGAAGCUGUGCACGGCGAUGAAAACAAUCUUGAUUCGCCAUUCAAAUGGAAUUACGCUUUACUAUUGGCUGCGUCGAGUGUUUGCACGGCAACAAGUUCCUGUUUUAUUUUAGAUUUCGUGAUGAUUGCGGUAAUCAUGAUAUCCCAUAAAUGUAAGAUGAACCCGGACAAUCUAGCAACACCAUUAGCAGCAUCGGUCGGUGAUGUGGUAUCGAUCAGUGUCCUAUCAAGAAUAGCAUCCGCAUUUUUCCUAAGAUUACAACAGGAACAAAUUUGGAUUCUCUAUGUCGUAUUAAUCGGUUACUUUUUAUUAUUACCAUUUUGGAUCGCGGUGGUUAUGAAAAAUAAAUAUACGAGAAAUGUUUUAACAUCUGGUUGGGUACCCGUCUUGUCUGCACUGUUCAUCAGUGGCCUUGGUGGAUUGAUUUUGAACGAAGUAGUCGACAAAUUUACCGGAUUCGUAGUAUUCCAACCAAUUAUCAAUGGAAUCGGCGGUAAUUUGGUAUCCGUGCAAGCUUCGCGAAUCUCAACGAUGUUGCAUCAAACCUCUAUUCUAGGAAUUUUACCUCCCCACGCUAAAUUAUGGGUAGCACCGUGGACGGCACUUUUCAAAGGAGCACCUUACGCCAAAACUGCCAGGUUAUUAAUCGGAAUGGCAAUUUCCGGUCAAUUGGUAUUCGUUUUUCUAGCGGAUUAUAUUAAAUGUCAGAGUACAACAUUGGACGCUUACUUUGUAAUUUCUUAUAUCGUUGUAUCCGUUUUACAAGUAAUGUUGUUGCUCUACGUAGCACACAUAAUAAUACAUGCAAUGUGGAGGCACAAAAUAGAUCCAGACAAUUCAGCGAUACCAUAUUUAACUGCAUUAGGUGAUCUAUCGGGCACCAUGUUUCUAGCAUUAGCUUUCUGGUUCCUAACAGCUAUACACAAGGAAUAUAAAUCCUGUGAAAUUAACGACGUUGCCACGACAACUAUUAAUACAAAUUUGAUUGGAAAUUCAACGUUAAUCCCGAUCGUUUAUAACGCAACAUUUUCAUCGUUAAACUAAUUUCUAAACAACAUUUGUCGAUAUUUAUUUUAUAUCAAUGCUAGUGAAAGACUGACCAUGAGACGAUAAUUUCUUUUUUUUUUUAUUAACAAAAGUAACGAUUACAUUUAAUUGAUCCCGUCGGCCCUGCCCACAGCCCCCCCGAUUCAAAUCUAAAAGAAUAGUUCGUUAUGUUCGAUUAAAAAAAAUGAGAACAUCGAUCUAAACUAUAAUAAUACAUCGAACAGGUCACAACCUAAAGAAUUAUUCUAAAUCGUUAGGAAAAAAAAAAGAAAAGAAAAGUGUAAAGUAUUUUUUUUUUUUUUUUAGAGAAAAA